UGUACUACAACAACUGUUAAUUAGCUGGUGAAGCUCCUCGCUGCCGAUUUUCAAGCUCAAGCCAAUGUCGACAGCCAGGAAACGACGACAAGAAAUUUAAAAUUUAAAAUUUGAGUUUCUCUUAUCCCUGUCAUUAUUAAUACCCGGUCUCAGGACGGUCUCAAUGGGGUUUAGGGCGCAAAGGGUAGAGAAGAAAUUUUCACCCCCUGAUUUAGUGGAUCCAGGAAAAUGGUGCAAGGUGGUCUCCGUCCUGCUCUUUUUUUUUCGGUCCUUUUUGGGUUUUGAUAUUCCUGCCGUAUUCACUCUUUCAAAUCAGUUCCCAGUUUCCAACUUGUUGUCAUGUCUACUCUCGCUGCCACCUUUGCCGCUUUGGCUUUGUGGCUGAAACCAGCCUCGGAGCUGGGCUCCAAGCAAAAAGCAGCACCACCACCACCACCUACCGCUUCGAGUGCGAGUGCGAGCGCCAUUGGCGGUGACGACCCAGCCAGGGCAAAGCAGAUACACAAGAUUCGGCCUGGCCCAGCCGAGUACCCGGACAUCAACACUCUGCGCAAUGCCAUUCCGGCCCACUGCUUCCAGCCAUCUCUCUGGAUAUCAUGCUCAUAUCUCGCGCGGGAUAUCCUCCUCAUCGCAGCACUCGCUUACGCCGCGAUAACUUUCAUCCCCCAGAUCCAGCAUCCGCUUCUGCGCACUGCCGCCUGGAUUGUGUACGGGUUCGUGCAGGGUCUGGCCUGCACUGGCCUUUGGAUUCUUGCCCAUGAGUGUGGCCAUGGGGCCUUCUCCCUGCACACCCGCGUGAACAACGUCAUCGGCUGGUUUGCGCACUCGUUUCUCCUGGUCCCUUACUUCUCCUGGAAGUUCUCCCAUGCGCGCCACCAUCGCUUUACGGGCCACAUGGAGAAGGACAUGGCCUUCGUGCCUCGGACCCAGGCCCAGCAUCAGUCGCGCCGCAUUCUCGGCCUGAAGAUCGAUACCGAGCUUUUCGAGGACGCUCCGAUUGUGUCCUUGAUGAGUCUGCUGGUCCAUCAGCUCUUUGGAUGGCAGGCGUACCUUCUCUUCAACGUCAGCUCUGGCGUGGACAGUCUCCAGCCCGAGGGCUCGAAAUCCUGGUCCCAGAGUCACUUUGACCCGACAAGUGCCGUCUUCAGGUCGAGUGAACGGCUGUACAUUGUCAUCUCCGAUAUUGGCCUCUUGGCAACUGCUGCCAUGAUUUAUUACGGGUCGACCAUCUUCGGCGCAUCGACCAUGUUCUUGCUCUACGGCGUUCCCUAUUUCUGGGUGCACCACUGGCUGGUUGCCAUUACUUACCUGCACCACACGCAUCCCGAUCUCCCCCACUUUGAUGCCGAGAACUGGACUUUCGUCAAGGGUGCCCUCGCCACAAUUGAUCGCGAUUUCGGCUUCAUUGGCCGAUAUCUCUUCCACGGCAUCAUCGAGACACACGUUGUCCACCACCUGUUUGCGCGCAUUCCCUUCUACUAUGCCGAUGAGGCGACGGAGGCCCUCAAGCCACUUUUGGGGGACUUGUACCACUGCGAUGACACGUUCCUCGACACACUUUGGCCGACGUUCAACGAGUGCAAGUAUGUCCAGCCGGACUCGACAGCCCCUGGCGAGAUGCGGUGGGUGAAGGACGAGAAGGAUGAAUGAUUCUGUUUCUGCUCAUCAUCAUUCUUGUAGAUUUGUCUUCAUGUGUGCUUUCAAUGUAUCUCUGGUUCUUUUCGAGACAUAAUACAUUGAGAUAGACGGUAGACGCCACAUUGGCAUGAGGCUGUUGAUUUGGUUCAUGGACAGGCGGGGUGUGAGGAUAGACUUUGAUGUAAUUAUAUUUAAAUUAGAAAGCCGAGGGGCUAUACAAGAGGCAUCUUGAUUUAGAUUCAUGGCCAUCACAAUGUACCACUCAACUUAA